AUGUCUAAAGAAUUAGACAUAAAUGUUACUAAUUUUGACAAUUUGCAGAGACAGAUUACUAAUCUGGGUAGUGCUACAGAUAUUUUGUGGAAAGCUACAAAUCAGAAAGAUUUGGAUUUUACUUCGAAAGAGGAAAGUGAUAAUAUAAUAGCGCAAAGAUUGAGUUGUGAUACCGAACAGGCAAGGAGUGACAUAGAAAAUAAAUUGGGUAAUGUCCAAGGAAAGGGUCAGUUGGAUAUUCUCAAAUUGGCUAAAUUGAUUAAGGAUUUGCCUAAAUAUGAUGAAAAGAGAGGACCUUUUUACAAUAUGAGUGUUUUUGAAGGUGAAAUGAAUAAAAGACAAUUUGAUGAUGUGGUAGCCACAAGAGGUCUUUUGAUCUGGCUGCCAACUUCAUUAAGUGAAUGGGUUAAAGUUAAACUCAUUGAUGUGUUGGAAGAGAAGUCAAGUGAAAAGCCCCGAGUUGAGUUGGAGGAAUUGUUUCCAAACAAUACACAGAGAUUGCUAAUGGUGGUACAGUGUGCAACUGGUGUGGAGAAUUUUCAAUUUUCUACUCUUGAUUCAUUCAAAAUGGAGAAAAAUGAUGAUAUACGUGUUUGUGCUAAUUUGUGGAAUAAGGCAUGGAAUUUGAUUACGGAUACACAACCAUCUGCUAUGUCUAAAGAACAACAUAAGCAGAGUGUUACUGAAUUUGUCUCUAGAAUAGCAGGGUUGCCAAAUGAGAUCAAAUUAAGAGCUUUUGAUUCACCCACAGUUGAUUUUGCUGCUACGGAAAUAAUGAAAUCUUUGCAAUUGUUGCAAAAGAAAAACACAGAAACAGCUAAGAUUUUUGCUUUCACAGACACACUUUUCUCUAGGGAUACUUCAGCAGGUCUGGCCCCUAUUAACUAUGUGUCUCGUGAAGAAGGUAGAGGAAGAUAUGAAAAUAAUAAUAGAAAUGGUAAUUUUAGGGAGAGGUCUAUGAGUAAACCACAAAAUUACCAGGGUACUAGAAAUUAUUCGGCCCCAUCCCAAGAUAGAUAUUAUAGGGUUAGUCAGAAUAGUCCUAUGAUAUGCUCUAAAUGCAACCAAGAAGGUCAUGUUAGGAGAUAUUGUCCCAAGAAUGAAGAAAAAUCUUACACAGUGAAAGGGAAAGAAAAUGGCAUUGUGCCAGGCUAUAAGAAUCUACAGAGAGUGGCAGCUGUAGAAACCGAAAAUACAUCUUCAAACCCCCCUCAAAUAUCAAAUCCAUAUGAAGAGUGUAGACGGAUGUUAAAUGCCAUUGAAAUGAAGGUGGAAGCAGUCACAAGUCCACAAGUGAAUUCUGCUUACCACACUAAUAAAUAG